GAAUUAGAAUCAACCUCUCAACACUUAGAACAUACUGACCGCUCUAUUCAAGUUACUACAUUUUCACCUGAUACUACUACAAUUUUUGAAUCUGAUACUAAACAACAAUUUUAUCAAUCUGCUGAAGUUCCUGGAAAUAUAACUAACGUUCAAUUUCCUAUACUAACUACUGAGUCUUCUUUUUCUUCAAAUAGUACUGAUCUUUUAGAGGCUAAUUUUUAUACUCCUACCCCUAGUCCUAUAAUCUCUCCUACUAAUUUAAUUAACCGAGAGUCUAAUGCUAAUAGUAUUAACGAAUUAGUACUAUCUGGAGCUCUUUCUUCUUAUCUAACUGAGAAACAAGAACAAAUUCGCCCUUCUACUCCAGAAACUAUUUUUAACAUGGAGCAAGGAAAUUUAUUCAAUAAUGACAACAACCAAGUUGAAUAUAUUUCUAUAUACCUGACUAUAGACAAUACUCCUAUUGUUAAUUAUUGA